AUGAUCUGUUCAUUCACACCCGAUUUUUUCAAGAAUUUGGAGCCGGUAAACCGACGUGAAUCGUACAACCGAGUGUAUGUUGGUGAUGAGUGGAGGUUGAAGUUGGAAAUUGCAGAACGCCGUUCCCGCCCGGCCCGCCGCCGAGCCCCUACGUCAGGCACGCAAUACGAGCCUUACAAGCAAGCCUUCGCUGGACGUUUGACCAGCCGUAUUAAUAACCACCCCCAACCCAUGAUCCCACACACACCACCAAUUGAACGCGAAAUGAACUCCUACGUGUCUAAAUAUCCGCCGGCAGUUGAGUUUGACCCUGCAUACAAGAAAUUCUUCGAGGAUUUCUACGCUACGUCCGAUACGGCUGAAGCGCAUGAGAAAUACGUCGACUACUUUACUAGGGAUGCGACACUCGUCAUGGCCUCUAAGAGGGUAGCGGGCCGAGAAGAGAUUUUGUCCCUGCGCAAAGCCAUGUGGGAAAAGGUUUCUACCAGAGUGCACAAGCCACUCCAGAUAUUCCCGUUCGGCCCGAAAGCAGACGAGGUAAUGCUGUAUGGAACGGUCAAGUACGGCUUCAAGGCAGGGGGUGAGUCUAGCAAAGAUUGGGCCGCAAGGGCGCACCUAGUCAAGGAAGAAGAUGGCGAAGUAAAGAUGGAUUUUUAUCAAGUCUACUUGGUGCGACACCCAGCUCUCGUUCGCGACACUGGAGCUUAG